UCAGAUCACGUGACAUUAAAAAAUGGCGGAAAUUGACAAACCACGACCGGCUGUGUGGAUCCACGCCAGGCAGAAAGACGAUCCGACGCAAGGAUUUAACCCAGAAUUUUGUGAAAGGGUCGAAAAACACUUUGACAUCAUUUGCCAUAAAGAUCUUGUAGCAAAUCCAAUUUUAGGAGCAAACAUCGUUGGUGCCUUAGUCCGUGGUUCACGCAUGUAUUUGGAAAAUACGCUGGAUUUGCUCCCAAACUUGAAAAUUAUCGCCAACAAUGGCGUAGGGGUUGAUCAUAUAGAUGUUAAGAAAUACAAUCAGCUUGGAGUUAAAGUUGCCAAUACCCCAGAUGUUCUCUGCGAUUCCGUUGCCGACAUGGCUGUGACAUUGAUGUUGGCGUCUGCAAGAAACCUUAUUCCAGGUGUCAAGCUAGCCAUGGGUUCUGAACCAGUCCAAGAACUGAACCAAAACUGGCUUGGUAAUGAUGUCUGCUUUGCCACACUGGGUAUUGUUGGGAUGGGAGGAAUUGGAUUCAAGAUUGCGCAGAGAGCAAAGGCUUUCCAGAUGAACAUUUAUUACCACAACCGGAAAAGAAGGAGUACAGCAGAAGAGUCUACUGUAGGGGCCUCAUACUGUGCCUCGCUGGAAGAACUGCUUCCCAAGUGUGACUACCUCAUCAUAGCUUGUCCACAAACUCCAGAAACGGUCGGGAUGUUCUCUGAGGCUAGGUUCAAACAGAUGAAACCAAGUGCUACAAUCAUCAAUGUUGCCAGAGGAAAGAUUAUUGACCAAGAAGCCCUGUACACCGCACUGAAGAAUAAGACAAUAAAGGCAGCUGCAUUAGACGUGACGUACCCAGAGCCUCUCCCCAGGGACCACCCCCUCCUCACGCUGCCAAAUAUCAUCAUAUCACCUCACACAGGUUCUGCCACAGUGGAGACGAGGAGGAAGAUGGAGAUGUUGAUGCUGGAGAAUGUUUUGGCUGAGGUAGAGGGAAGGCCUCUGCCAAGUGAAGUCAAAGGAUAAAGAUUUAUUUCAGUUUGCUCAAGAGUCAGGGUUCACUGCCAAAUUUUGUUGCAGGCAUCGCCAAUAAAUAAUGCUUUAUUGCUGUGAUCAAAAAUUUGAAAAAAGAAAAUUAAUGAUAUUAAUUUUUUAAUAUAUUGGUUUUGACAAUCAUUUAAGUAUAGAUAUGACCUACUAUAUAUUUUUUAACAGUUUUACCAAUGUUAUUAUCUUUUGAUCUAGGGUAGAUUUUUGUUUAGAGUAUACAUGCUCAAUUGUUUUAUGCAAAGGCAAUAAUGAUUCAUUCCUGUAGAAAUGCAUGCAAUUGCAAUUAUUUAUCAGACGAGAGACAGUGCUAGUGUCAAAUGAUCAUUGGGAAGUGGGUACUAGUAUAGUCAUCCUGUGAAUAUAUUAGGUAUUUUUAAUGAUUAAUAGUUAACUUGCACAAAAUUAUUGAUUUAAUGUGCAGAAAAUGAAAGAAGGUUAAAGGUGAUACCUAAUUGUUAGCCAAAUAAUAUACUUUGUUGUAAACAGUUGUUCUUGAUUCAGAACAUUUUCAAAUUUUUAAACCAUCGAGUGACAAAAUUGUGCACAUUACCUUUUAAAUUCCUUUUGUGUAAGGGGUAGACAAGUAAAUUAUUGAAAAUGUUUCUAAUGGAGUGCAAUAUUUCUCUUUUAUCUAGUCUUGCAAUGGAUAUAUUUAUCACUGGUGCUGGUAUAAAUGGAGAAUAACAAAAGAGCAUUGACCAUGAAUGUUUUUGUAGUAAUUCAAAUAAUAUCCAGAUAGUUGAAAUCUUUGUAAUUGUUGAA